GUAUGUUAUAUUGUAUUAGUAUACGUAUAACAUAAUUAUUUUAUUAUAAAUUCUGAUUAAUUGAAAAUAAUAAUUAAUUAAUGAUCAUUAAUAAUUUAAUUCAUUAACUAAUAUUAAUAUUUAAUUAAUGUUAAAGGAUUGUUUUAAAUAUAAAGAAUAUAAAGAAAAGAAUGUUAGUCAAUGUGCCUUGUACCACUUACCAUAAACAUUACUUAGGCUAUAGCAAAAUUGUAUAUACCUUUAGAAUUCCUCCCCUUCCAUUAGGUAUAAUGCUGAUUUUUCCCCCUCAAAUUUAAUGAAUAUAUAGGAGUAAAUUUGAAGAUAUGAGAUACAUUGUGUGAGGAAAUAUUAUUCUUGUGUAUAUUGGGGUUGAACACUAAGAUAAAAGGAAUUUUUAAGGAGGAUAUCAAUUAAUGUCAAAAGACUGAUCAAGAAAACUAAUUUUUCUUAAUAAAAUUAAUACACCACUGCACUUUGAAAUUAUUUAUAUUUUGUUGACCAUGCACUUUAAAUUUUUUUUUAUUUUUUUCAAAUAAAGAUAGAAAUUUUUCUUGUUCAAGAAGCUUGUUGAUAGCUUUUAAUCAUCUCUGUGAAAAAAUGAUGCAAAGAAGAGUCCAGAACCUCGAUUUAUUUUCUUGUCAAACAGACAAAGGUAAGCUUUAACUAUAAAAUUGCUUAUUUCAUACAUGUAUGCCAUUCUUCAUCAGUUUUAUUUUAAUUAAGAUUGUUUUUCAUAUCAAUAAACAUCAAAUCUAGAGAAUAUUAAAAAUAUUAGGAAUAACUCCCAAGUGAAGAUUAAAGAGUGUAUUUUUAACUGAUAAAUAUUUUUGAUAUCAUGACUUUUAAAAUAGUGUCAAAAAGGUGAGUUAUAGCAAUAAGGCAAAAAAUUUUAAGGAAUAAUCUGUAAAAGCAUAGUAAGAAUAAAAUCGUUGCCUUUUAUGGAUAAUAUGAUAGUUUAUUUAGAAUUCUAUUCAUCAAUACAAAAGGUGGAUGUAGGGAGGGCAGAACUAAGAUGGUGGAGAAGCUACACAGACUCAUCUCUCCUCUACGUACCAAAUUAAAAUAGGAUAAAAUGCCUAAAAAGAAAUAUUGGAGCACCAUAAUCUACAGAAAAAUGGAGUGAAAUAAUUUUUCUAUUUAAAACUACUUAGAAAGCCAUUAGAAAAGUUCUUUGAUUGAAGAGGAGUGCAAAAACAACAGAACGAGGCAGGUUCCGAUAAUUAAAGAGUCCUUGGACACUCCUGAAUCAUCAACAGGGGCUGCCAGAGCUCCCAGGCACAGCCCUUUGCUGCCUUGACGGAGUGCCCAUACACAGAUCCAGGCAGCAGUUGUGGCAGACCUUAUUGGGAGCACUUAGCACAUCCCAAUUCUUGCAACCUCAGAGGACAAGAGGACCCUGGUCACAGUUACCAGAUGGAAAAGAAUUCACAUGGUUACUCAUUGACCUGACCACAGGCCAGGAGAGUAUUAAACACACUUGUCAUUACAUUAUACAAUGUUGAAAGAAUUAAAAAAAAAAUUGGUCACUAAGAACUCUCAAUGAAGCUGCACAAAGAACCUGAAUCUUGGAACAUACUUCUUUCUACAUAGUUACAGAAAAUGAGCAAACAACAAUAACAAAAAACCCUCAACCAUAGAAAGAAAUUUUGUUGCCCGGGAAGACUUAAAAUCAGAAGAAAAUAGUGCUGCAUCCAAAGCUUAGAAGGAAGAAAAGAUAUUAGCUAUUUCACAACUCAAAAUAGUCUACAAAGCAGAAAUUGUCUAAAUUAUUUAGUGUAGUUUAAGAAACAUGUCUCUGACACUUGCUAGUUGUGAAAUGAUGGACAAGUCACUUAAUCCUGUUUGCCCCAGUUUCCUCUUCUGUAAUGAAGAGAUAGCUGGAGAAGAAACUGGAACAUUAGCUUCACGAGGAAAAUUCCAAAUCAAGUCAUAAAGAGUCAGAUACAACUGACUGACAAAAAAAGAAGGAUCAAUGGUCAAUUAGAGGAACAGAUUAGGUGUAGAAAAUGCUGAAUAAAAAAGGGCCUUGUAAAAUGUACCUUUGAUAAACUCAAAGUCCUUAGACUGUGCUAGAAUUAGGAAUUAUUUUUAAAACUGCUGGGAAAAUUGGAAAUGCUUUGAGACGACUUUUUAUAUAAGUUGUCUUUUAUUGUGAAUAUGUGAACCCACAAAUGAUCCAUAAAUAAACUUAGGGGUUCUGUGAUCUUGGAAGGGAGAAAAAAAUGCAUGUUUUUUUCAAUAACAUUUCAUUCAAAUUUAACAAAUUCCAAUAACAAUUUUUAUAAUACACUUUGAUAUCUGGUAUGGUUAGAUCAUCUUCCAUCAUAUUAUUUUUCACUAUUUCCAUUGAUAAUCUUGACCUUGUUUAGUGAAAAAUAAUAUGAUGGAAGAUGAUCUAACCAUACCAGAUAUCAAAGUGUAUUAUUAUAAAGUACUUAUCUUCAAACUAAUCUAUUAUUGAUGAAGAAAGAGUAGUGAAUCCGUGGAAUAGAGUAGGUACACACAAUAUGCACAGUAGAAAUGACUUUAGUAAUGUUGUGUUUCUUACAUGCAAAAAUCCAUAUUUUAGGGUCAAGAACUCACUGGGUCAAAAACUGCUGGGAAAACCAGAAAGCAUUUUGCCAGAAACUAGAUGUAGACCAAUGCCGCACAUCAUGUAUCAAGAUAAGGUCAAAGUGGCAUUUGAUUUAUGCAUUCAGGGUAAUGCCAGAUUUAAAUUAGGGGGAAAAGAAUUAUCAAAUAAAGGACAGAGAACAUGAUAGGAGGUGCAAUGGAUCAUAUUCAUUACCUUUAAAAGUUUUCCACACAAAACCAGAGAGAAAGAAGAAAAAUGGGAAAAAAUUUAAAGAUCUGAUUAAGGCCUCAUUUCUCAAAGAUAUAGAGCACUGGAUCAACUUUAUAAAGAAUACAGGUUGUUCCCCAAUUCAUAGAUCCUAAAAUUAUAUGAAUAAUCAGUUUUCAGAUGAAGAAAUAAAAACUGUCUCUAGCCACAUAAAAAAGCACUGAAUCACUAUGAAGAAUACAAAUUUAAACAACUCUUACUUACCUUUUCAUGCCUAUCAAAUUUUCUUAACGAGACAGGAAAGGAAAAUGAAAAAUGUUGGAGGUGAUGGGGGAAUAUUUGAGACACUAAUGUACAGAUCGUGGAAUUGUGAACUGAUUCAUCUAUUCUAGAGAACAUUGUGGAUAUAUGCUCAAGGAGCUAUGCAAUUGUGCAUAUUCUUUGACUUGGCAAUAUCACGACUAAGACAGUAUCCCAAAGAGAUUAUAAAUUUUUAAAAAAUGAAAAGAAAAUGUCCCUAUAUGUACAAAAUAAUUCAUGGCAGUUCUUUUUCGUGUUGAAGAACUUAAAAUUUCAGGGAUAACAUUCAAUUGUGAAAUGGCUGAAAAUUUUGUGGUAUAUGAUUGUAAUAAUAUUAUUGUGACAUGAAAUGAUGAUUAAGAUGCUUUCAAAAAACCUGGAAGACUUAUAUGAACUGAUGCAUAAUGAAGGGAGCAGAAGCAGAACACUGGGUGCAUGAACAGCAAUACUAUGCAAUAAUCAAUUGUAAAUGACUUUGCUAUGCCCAGAAAUACAAAGAUUGAAAGACAGUUCUGAAGAACUGAAAAAUGUUAUCCACUUACAGUGGAAAAGGUGAUGGAAUCUAAAUGCAGAGCAAAACAUAUUUAUUUUACUUUAUUUUCCUUUUUACCUGGUAUGUUUUAUUUCUCAACAUGAUGAAUAAGGAAGGAAAUAUGUUUUACAUGACUGCAUAUGUAUAAUCUUUAUCAAAUUGCUUACCUUUUUAAUGAGGUUGGAGACCAGGGUGAGUAGGAAAGAAUUUGGAACUUAAAAUAGAUUUUAUAUGUCCUUAGAAAAAAUUUUAAUUAUUAAAAAUGUCUUAAUGUGCUUAUAUACUGAAAGGUAGAAAGUUCAGCAAAAUCAUUGGUCUAGGGGAGACUGUAACACAGUCAGAUAUAUAUUGCUAAUUAUUAAGGAAAAGAUACCGGUAAAGUAUAGGUGGAUGGCUUAUAAUUCCAGUGCAAAGCUAGACUGACCAGGCCAACUGUACUGGGAGGAAAUUUUAUUCUUACUGUUGCUUCAGAUGUUUUAGGCUUUCAUUAUUAUUACUAUUAUUAUUUUUGUAUUUAUAGGUGACAACGAACUGGGGCUUUGUACUUGUAUCUUCUUUGAUCCAGCAGAUGAGGAUGGAAAGGAACCAGGGGUUUUUAUAACUGAAAUUAUUGAAGGAGGUGCAGUUCACAAACUUGGAUGUAUCCGUGUAUUUGACCAGAUUAUUAAAAUAGGUGACAUCAAUCUAAUUGGAUUGGAUGAAGCAGAAAUCGUCUCUACUUUUAAAAAAAUGGACGAUUCUCCUUUCCAGAUUGAAAUUGGCCGCGAACCACCUGAAGUCAAGUCAGAACUUAUCGAACUCCUUGAGUUGUCAGAGGAAAGGAAGAAAUAUUUUAUGGAUUCGCUCAUAGUACAGGAAAAAAUUGGAGAUAUCACUAUUGUGAGAGGACAAGCAAGUAUUUGUAGAAGUCCAAGAGUACCAUGGUUCUGGAUGGCCAGUGACCUGAAAUUUGUUAUUGGGGUACUGAAAAUAUUAAUAGAAGAAGAUCAGGGAUGUAGAAAAGACAUCCAAGCUAUCUUUGAGCAGGCUAACAUUUUUCAAGACAAUUAUAAAGACAUGAACACAUACAAAGUGAAUAUGGAACAGAAACCUGAUGAAUCAGAUAAAGAAGGCACAUUUUUACCAUUGGCCCCAGAAGAAGAAUUUUUACUAGGACAAUUUAAAAUAAAGCCUAAAGAGAUAAAAAAUGAAGAUUUAUCACCAGAGCAAUUAUUAGCCCAAGGGGAUUUCAAUUCAGGUGAGAAAAAUGAGGCUCAGAGAAGAUAUUCAGAUAGUUACCUUCCCAGCUGUAACUUCAUGGCUUCUGGCUCUAAAAUGAAGAACAUAGAGACCCCAAUAAAAAAAGAAAAAGAAGAAGAUGAAAUAGUAGUGGAGGAAGAGAUUAUUAGCACUGGAAAACCUACAGAGGGGAAGGCUAAAAAGAGAUUUUCCUGGUUCCGCAAUAUCAAAGAACGCAAGCUGUGGAACUUCUUUCAUUUUAAAAAACAUGACAAACAAGUAAAGAAUGUGCACAAGUGGGAAGAAAUUGAUCAAGAGGUAUUGAAAGAUUACUGUCCUUAUUCUACUGAAGCCCCUAAAACAUUGCCAACAGAGUGGACAAAUAUUGAAGUUGGUAAUUGGUUAUGGAGCAUUGGAAUGGAGGAGUAUGUUGUAAAAUUUUAUUGUAAAGGAAUAAGUGGUGAAAAACUCCUUACACUGGACAAUCGCUCGCUAAAAGAAAUCGAAGUCAACAAGAAGAAAGACCGCCGGAAAAUACUUAAGGCUAUUAAGAAAGUUAGAGAUUUUUGGGAAAAAAAUCAUCAUUUCGUCUUAUUAUAGAAAUUGAUGGAAAGAAGACACAGAACCUGAAAGAUGGCAAAAAUGGAAAAUGCAAUUACUUUUGUUAUAUUGACUUUUCAUCAUUUUACUUCUGUUACUUUUGUUAUAUGAACUUUUAAGGGAUUUUACUUCCAUGUUACUUUUGUUAUAUGAACUUUUAAGGGAUUUUAGUUCCAUGUUACUUUUGUUAUAUGAACUUUUAAUCAUUUUAUUACUGUUACUUUUGUUAUUAUUAACUUUUAAUUAUUUCACUUUCAUGUUACAUUUGUUAUAUGAACUUUCAAGGGAUUUUACUUCCAUGUUAUUUUUGUUAUUACUAACUUUUAAUCAUUUCACUUCCAUGUUACUUGUUAUAUGAACUUUUAAUCAUUUUAUUACUGUUACUUUUUUUUAUUAAUUUU